CAACCCUCAGCAAAGUGAAAACCUUCACGGAGACACAAGAGGCCGCUCUUGAGGGGAAGAGGGCGAAAGGCAGCGCAGUGGUUUCCUGAUUUGACAGCAGGGGCUUGUUUUACAGCACAAAACAACAAGGAUGAAGAUUUCAAGCCACGAUGCGGCAACACAGAUAGUCUAGGAGAGGAUUAGGUAGCUGAAAGCCACCGCUUGUACCUCCAUCUCUCCGGUUUGAGCCGCGGAGUCGACCCCAGAGGCAACCUUGAAUAUCGACUGAAGUGCAGAUGAAUGUCUGUGCCUUAAGUGUCGCUGGAUUUGUUGUUGUUAGCUGCUAAUGCUAACCAUAGGAAGUUGCGAGCUAGCUGGCCUAGCAAGCUAAUGGUUAAAUUGGAGGGGAAGUCAAUUAGCUGCAUGUGUUUGAUUAACUUAACGCUGUCCGGCGAGUAAACUCGGCGUUGUGUGUCUGAUGGAGCCAGCUAACCUCGGCUUCAGUAGUUCAACAACUGCAGCUUUGGCUAAGCUUUUGAAGUACCAGCCGUAGCAAUAGUAGUGUUACCUAGCUCCCUCAGUUAGCCACCACUAUCCCUGAAAGAAUGAGCAGAAAACACCAUCAUUUAAAAGGAGCAGAAGUCAGCUGCUGCGUGAAAUACUUCUUAUUUGGAUUCAACAUUUUAUUCUGGUUACUAGGAGCAGCAUUCUUGGGCAUAGGCCUGUGGGCAUGGGCGGAGAAGGGCGUGCUGUCCAAUCUGUCAUCCAUCACAGACCUAGGGGGCUUCGACCCUGUGUGGCUCUUCAUUGUCGUCGGAGGGGUCAUGUUCAUCCUGGGCUUUGCUGGCUGCAUCGGAGCACUCAGAGAGAACACCUUCCUGCUUAAAUUUUUCUCUGUGUUCCUGGGUUUGAUCUUCUUCUUGGAGCUGACUGCAGGGAUCCUCGCCUUUGUCUUCAAGGACUGGAUUAAAGACCAGCUCAACUUUUUCAUCAACAAUAAUGUUAAGGCAUACCGCGAUGACAUCGACUUGCAGAAUCUCAUUGACUUUGCCCAGGAAUAUUGGUCAUGCUGUGGAGCUCACGGGCCCGACGACUGGAACCUGAACAUCUACUUCAACUGCACUGAGCUGAACCCCAGCAGGGAGCGCUGUGGAGUCCCCUUCUCCUGUUGUGUCAAAGACCCGGCAGAGGAUGUUAUCAACACGCAGUGCGGCUAUGAUGUUCGGCUUCAAGGGGAGCUGGACCGGCAGAAAUACAUCUAUACCAAGGGCUGUGUGGGACAGUUUGAGAAGUGGCUUCAGGACAACCUGAUCAUUGUAGCUGGAAUCUUUGUUGGCGUUGCACUUUUACAGAUUUUUGGUAUCUGCCUCGCGCAAAACCUGGUGAGUGAUGUCAAAGCUGUCAAAGCCAACUGGUGACAGGAGCUGUGAAGCGAGGAAGCCCCGCCCCUCAGGCCCAACCAGGGCGACGCAGCACACAAACAGUCCCGUCCAGCUGAGGGCAGAGAGCCGAGGACAUCCGAUUCUUGUCUCCUUUGCCUCCGAGCUAAGCAGCACACAUACACUCCCACACUUGUACACGUGCAAAACACAAAGCGUUUACUUCCCUGUUUGUCAGUGACACUUGAAGGGAUGGAAGAAUAUCCCACACAAACCAAACAGUCAACACAUCGUUUACCACUCAGCUGGGAUUUUUAACCCAAAUAUAAAGAGGACGGUCCUGCCUACUUCUUUUUUGUUUUUCUGUUUCUUCUGAUUUUGUUCUGUGGACAUGAGUAUUUAUGGGGCGCAGUUACACAAGGACUUCUGUCAACUGGGAGAUUGGAAGCCAUGGAUGAAAGUAAGAGACAACAACAAAAAAACAAAUGAAAAGGGACAAUAAGUCUCAAUUUUUAGGUCAAGCAUGACAUUGUCACAGAGCCUCAUUCCACCCAGUGAAGGGUUGAACAUCUCCUCCUAAAAAACAGCCUGUUUUUAACAUGCGUGUCCCCACUUCCUGCUGUGGGGGCUCGUGGGUGGAUGGCCAGCCGGCCAGUAAACACACAGAUUCCUCUGCAUUGUCAUGUUUCACCAUCAUGACCUUUUAUGACCACUGAAAAGACUCUGAACACUGGCCGGACAAGUUUGCAACUUCAACUCAUGUCAGGAGAUUUAAAUUCUAACUCGAAAUGUAAAAAAAAAAAAAAAAAAAAAAAGUGCCAUUAAUUUCCUGUGAUACAUUUGUCUCCUUCCUGUUCUGUAAUAUCUGCACCCCGCCCCACAAUACCUCAGGGCCUGGCCAAAAAUACAUGUUUCUGCCGCUGAUUAUAAAAGCAUAUCUAUGUUUUUAUUUUCCAUCCAUGUCUGUUGAAGUUAGAUACACUAACUUGAUGCAGAAAACACUGACAGUUCCUCGAAAGUCGCCCUGUUUGCCCUGCAGUGAUUGUAUUAUCUGUUGAUUUACUGAAGGAUAUUGUAUUGUAUCGUAUGGAGCGGCAUGGUGGGGUUAGGAUUGUGGGAAAAUGCUACACAGGGAAAAGGGUUUAAUGAUAGUUGAGAUUGUGUUUAUCUCUGAGCAUCCCUCAGGCACAUGGGAUUGCUGGUUUGGGGCCUUUUUUACUUGACCUAUGUUACCGCAUUUGUCUUAUAUUUUGUCUUCUGCAUAGCAAAAUAAGAAUAUUUGUCUGUUUUUAAAGAUGUCCUUUUAUUCAUGCUUAUAUUUUCCUGUCCAACAAUAGACACAGAUUUCUAUUCUGGGAUUCUUUGUUCGACUUCACCAGGCACCUGUUUUUUUACCUCUGACCCAUCAGUCAACUGCGAAACAGCCUCUCACUGUUGAUGUUGUUCGCAGUCCUAAUGGAGACCAAAUGAUAUCAGCUGGCCACAAGCUAAUUGCCAAGGUUUUGUCUGGCUGUGAUUCUGAUAUUGUUAGGAAUGCCAGGAAUAACAAACAGCAUUUCUAGACAGCCAAAAUGUGAAUAUAUUGUCCCUUUUUAUGUGGGAUGUGCCAGUUGAAAAGAGAAAUCAAACAAGAAAUUAAAAAUGUAACAGUUACCGCUUUUAUCUUUAAUUCAAUGUUGUGUCUUUUGUUUGGACUGUUUUUUAAAUAGAAUAGUAAAUACAUGCUGUCUUUUUGAUAUUAGCCUCAACAUAACAUGAAUGCUGCUUUAACUUUAAAUUUAACUAGAUCAUUAAUAUGUAGUACAGUAAUCGAGCUAACAAGUCUCACGAGUCGAACAGUUUGCCAUGUUUCCAGGCUGAGGGAAUAUUUGAUUAUUUGUUUACACUUUGCACUCAGCUUAUGUCGCCCUUUGUUCAUCAUAUAUAUAAAAAAAACAUGACAUUCUAAGUUUCCUAUGAAGCUUUUCAUCUUGUCCCUGAUGCUCACAGAAUGUAGUGUCUGAUAUGACUGGAUUCACUUGAUGAUAAUGUACGUUUCUGUCUGCAUUUAACCGCACAUGUUUCUGGCUGUAGCAAAAUUCAGACGCGAAGCACUGGCAGAAAUUUGGGUGGGUUUUACUCGAACACACACACACACACACACACACACACACACACACACACACACACACACACACACACACACACACACACAGGAGCUCAUUCAGUAACGGCACCUUAUGAUCGGCUGCCGUGCGUGCAUGUCACAUGCUGCUUUCACCCACACGCUCCCUCCUCAAAACGCUGUCUGAUCUGACUGCACCUGUGUCAGAGCCUGUCAUUUUGAUGUAUUUUUAAACACUGGGCUCGUUUGGGAAAAAAAGGCAAAACACAAGACAAAACGACAGUCACUUGAUUUAGCCGUCACGAACAGAAUAGAUCCAGUGAAGCACAAUGCAUCCGCAUCCGAGUGACGGGAGUCCUAAUGACUUUUCUCAGAUGAAAUAGAUGAGCUUGCAUAGGAGCAGCUCAUUCAUUUCGGCGCCUCAGGUGUAAUCAGUGAACGAGAGCCUCCAGCAAUCUGAGGGAACAGACGCGUUUUCCCGUCAGAUCGAAUGUGGAAACAUUUACAGGAUAAAAAGCAAAUCACAGCUCUUGCAAAUUCUCACCCAGAGUUGCCACGUUUGCCUGAUGCCACACGAUUCUUCCUUUAUUUAUUUCAUCCUGCUAUGCGUAAUAUGUGUGGGCCUCUUUGAUUUCACUAACUGUUGUAAAUCAAUCUGUCCCACUCGAGUUUAGAAGAUCAGGAUGAACCAGGGCUUUUUUUCCCCCCUCCCCCUUCCACACCUUCUAGUUUAAUCUUUUGAAAAGUGGGAUGAAACAGAUAAUGUGUGAUUAAUUAGUUCAACAAAUCUUUGAAGUGUUUUCAUUUUUAUUUUUUUCCCUCCUCAAAUCACCCUUAAUUGAAAGGGUUUGCUCACGGUCUUAAACACCCCUACCCUUCUUUACAAAAAAAAAAAAAAAAACAGCUUAUCCUUGCGAGAAGUUUCUGUGUCGUAUGUGAUAAAAUGGAGGGCUGCUGCCUUUUUGAGCGAUGCUGAGGAUCUGGCUGAAGGCAGAUGGAGGCCAGGGGUGUCAGUUCUGCUGCAGUACGGAGCUGCGGCUCUUAAAAAGAAAGCGUUCGUUCUCUGGCUCUGGCUCUCUCUCUCUCCCUCUCUCUCCCUCUCUCUCCCUCUCUUUCCACUGCCGUGUCUGGAUGGAUAUGCCAAUAAUCAGACAGUCACCUUGGUAAUAAGGACAAAAUAAUGCCAUAAUAAUGGGCAGGAGUAGCGUGGCAGGACUUUAAUAUGCACACUCUACAAAGGUGACUUACCGGACUGUUUGUUUUCACAGCUUUUGGUAAUUCUGGCUUUGUAUUCCUUUAAUGUAGGGGAGAGGGGCAGGGAGGAAACCAUGCUAAUUAUCCUUUGUCCUUUAUCGUAAUGGCCUUUCAUCAUGAAACACCCUCUUAAUUUCUCUGCUUUCCCCGUGGCCAGUUAAAUCAUUCCAGAGGAGGAGCCUUAUGCAUACCAUGAAUGUACAAGUGUGUAUCAGCAUGGACCUACUUUCUCCGCGGGCUGUUGGAAGCUCGUGUUAACCUUAAUGCAGCGCAGUGCACAAGACAAGUGAAGUUUAGGAAUGUGAAAAUAGAAGAGCGGUCUUCAGUAAUGUUAAUUUUUUUAAAUGUCAUUCCGGUUUUUACAUUCCUUCCAUGUGAGUGCACAGAGCUACAUGGGGAUUUUAUAUGCAAUCACAAAGCAUUUAAAUCAUCAGCGAAACAUUAUUUUGGAUCUCAGUCGCCUGUAAACAAUGUGGAUGACUUCUAAAUAUCAUUAAAAUCAUCAUCUUUGUUCAGAUUUGUUGAUCUGUGUUUGCAUUCAUGCAUUAUUUGACUGAACUUUUAUCAUUUAUACAUAUAAUACAAAGCGACUGUCUGCUAAUGCCUUGCGGUUUGUUUCCCACAAAGGUGAGCAGCACAUCAGACAUCAAGUCUUACCUCAUCAUGUGCAGAUGCUGGUCACAUUAGAGCGCAUGGAGGCGGCAUAAUUAACUUGUUUGAACAUAUUAGCAGCCGUAUCUCAGUGGUUAGGACUGACAUUUACAUCCCGCAUUGUGACAUUUUGAUCAAGACACAAGCGCCAAUCUGACUGGGAUGACACACAAGUUUUAAGUUGAAGAUGCUUACAGAUUUUCUCACAGUUGAUUCAUACGGUUGCAGUAGUUAGUGAUCUUUCAGCCACAUAGAAACCACUAUAAAAAAAAUAUCCCUUUGUUCAGCUGGGGAACAAAAACGUUGGGCCUCAGUUUUUACCUACAGUUUGUUGGUUUUUUAGUUGUGUGUCGGUUGCAACAAAGAAAAACAUUCUCUUUUCAGUUUAGACCUGUCUGCACAGAUGGGUAGCCUUGUAAAGAAAUGUAUAUGAGAACUGUGGGACAUGGUCUGUUACACUGUAUAUUGUGUUCAAAUAUGCCUAUUUCAUAUAUUAAAGGAUUUAUGAUAACA